UUAAAGGAGCUGUCCCCGAAGUUAUUCAUCCCGAGCAGACUCUUCACAAUCUUACUAGCAGUAAGUGUUCGCGUGCUCAUUCAAUACACAGUCGAUUGAAAAUUGAUCUCAGUCGCACGUAUGUUGCCUAAAAUGUAACGCUAUUUGAUGUUUAUUCGAAACGUUUUUGCUUAUUUAGGCUACUUGUAAUACACUCGCUUCUUAAAUUCUAAUAGUGCUCCAUAUAGUUUUAGAAUAGAGUUGCGUUAAGUUUAAUUUCUGUUCUUCAUUUUUUUCGUACUGUAGCUGGUGCGUUUUAAAACUUGAAUGCAAAGGUACGUACUGUCUCAUGUUUCCAUUUAAUGCACGAAUUUGACUCGAAACGGACGACAUCAACGGCCACUUGUUUGCUUUCGAGUCUUGAUUUUUUUUUAUGAUUUCAAAUCUUUUCUUGUCACACAGGUUCUUAAAUAGGAAUGCUGAGAAACAUUGGAUGGCAAGUGACACAGCACAAAAGACUGUUAGUGUGCAAGGAUGAAAAGAAGGUGCGCUGUCUUACAUUGGUUAAGAUGCAAGUUCUAUGUGUCGGCCGUGUCAUUAUUUGUUGUGCUGAAGCUGGUGUACAUAAAGUUUUCAAUGGACAAUGUCUAUAUUGAGCCCUAUAGACCUAUACAUAGAUCAUCCAAAGCUCACCCUCUGGAUGGCAUUAACUGCACAGACAUUUAUUAUCUGGAACCAGUGGAAAUUGGCAAGUCAUUGGAGAUAAGACGCAAACACAUUGUGGAAACUGAUGAUAAGAGUCUUGUUUCUUUCACUGCCAACUGCAAGGAGUACACCGAACAGAGGGGCUAUAAUGAUAUCUAUGUAACUGAUGAGGAAUGCAGCUUUCCACUUGCGUACUCUUUAGUGGUGCACAAGAACAGCGCAAUGGUGGAAAGGAUUUUGCGAGCCAUAUACGCACCGCACAAUAUCUACUGCAUCCAUUACGACCAAAAAUCUUCUAAACAUUUUAUCGAAGCAUUGAAGAACUUGGAGAAAUGUUUACCCAAUGUAUUCAUAACCUCUAAACUUGAGUCAGUUCAUUAUGCACACAUUUCAAGACUCAAUGCAGAUCUCAACUGCCUUUCAGACCUGCUGAACUCAGAGGUCAAAUGGAAGUAUGUUAUCAAUUUGUGUGGUCAGGACUUCCCACUCAAGUCCAAUUACGAGCUUGUGACUGAGCUCAGGAAACUGAACGGAACAAACAUGCUUGAAUCAAGCCGGCCAAGUGCAAUUAAAAAGAGGCGGUUCCAGUUUCAGUAUGAUCUAAAAGAAGUAUCUUACGAAUACCGAAAAAUGCCUGUUAAAACCUCCAAACCUAAAGACCCACCACCACAUGGCAUUGAGAUGUUUGUUGGGAGUGCCUACUUUGUUCUGACACAUGAUUUUGUGAGAUAUGUUAUGACCAAUCAACUGGCAAAAGACUUUCUGCAGUGGUCAGCUGACACCUAUUCUCCCGAUGAGCACUUUUGGGCAACAAUGUCCAGAGUGCCUGGAGUUCCUGGUGAGAUCCUCAAAUCUGAGCCUGAUGUUACAGACCUGAAGAGUAAGACACGUUUGGUUAAAUGGAACUAUCUGGAAGGACGUCUGUAUCCGCAAUGCACUGGCACACACAGGCGUAGUGUCUGCAUCUAUGGUGCUGCAGAGCUCCGGUGGCUUCUGGACGAUGGCCACUGGUUUGCAAACAAGUUUGAUCCCAAAGUCGACCCUGUAAUUAUUAAAUGUCUCGAAGAGAAACUUGAGGAGAAGCGGAUUCAGAAUUGCCUGAACAGAGUCUAUUAAAAAGAGGGGCAUUUUGUUAUUUAUUCUGCUUUGUGUUGAUUGAACAGCAGUGUGUCACAUGAAUGUUUGCUGCUGCACUUUGGUCCAUUCAAAGCACCAACUAUGGGAAAGGUUAGCUGUAUUUCUGACCUGUUCCCUUUAGAUUUCCAUGUUGUCAUUCAUUGCAUAUGCAAGGUCAGUAUGUUAUAUGAGUUUAUUUGACAUUUGGCUUCAGUUUUAUUACUUUGUCCAAAAGAUGAAUUGAAAUGUGCCUUUGCUAUGAAAUAGCUCAUUUUAAUUUAUUAAUUCCAGUACUGUAAGAUCUAUGGACUCCAUGGAGAUGCUUUUUAGCAUUAUUGAAUCAGUUUAGAUGGAAACUUUCUUAGGGCUUCAGCGGUGAGUGUUGUGCUUGAUUGGGUUUUGGGUGUUUCUUUCAUAUACAAAGAAUGAAAACUGUCCUUCAAUGUUAAAAUAUGCUGUGUAGUGCAUUGAUAGCAAUAUUUACCAAAGUUUCUCUCUUUUCAAGUGUAACAUGGACAUUUCCAGGGUGAUGCUGUGUCAUUUUAUAAUUUAUAAUAAUUUACUAUCUCUACUGUACCGUAUGGUCAGUUUUUAAUUUAUCAAAUAAAUUCAUUCUUUUAUUGUAGCCUAAUAGUCUUUCUCCUCACCUAUAUAAAACAGUACUUAAAACAAAAAACAUGGCCACACCUGUGUAUUUAGAGUUGUGGUAUGUUUGCUCUCUAUCAGUGGUUUACAUUUUAAAUUUCUUUAAACAGUUAUAUUUCGUCAGAGUAGGCUUAUGGAAUUACUUUGUGUUUGCUUUUAUUGGGCUUGUGUGCACAAUGUGCAAUUUGAAUAUAAUUAUUUCAACAGGACACGGAUAUCUGCAUUAUGGAUAUGUGCAUUAUUGUCAAAAGCCCUUUCCAGAGAGGAUUAGUUUUCCAUACAUAUGUCUAUAAUGUAAAUAUACUGUGGAUGUCUGCUAUGUUUACCAUCGAUUCGCACAGAAUAAGCAAUGUCUGUGUAAAUUGCAGAGAUAGGUGUUUCUAAUGCAUUUACUGUCACAUGUAACUGACUGAUCAGAAAAUGUAUGUCCUGAUUAAUUAUGCAGGAAACAUUACAUUUAUUACAUGUAUGCAUUAUUACAAUAUUACAAAUAUAACAUAAAAUGAUAUACUGUAAUUGAUUGGAAUAUUUGGCCAAAUACAACAGAAUUGGUGACAUUAAAAAGCCUGUAAUCCCAUAUUACACUUUUGAAUUACAAAUGUUGGCAAUCAGUUUACAUUACUG